CAAAUACCAACCCAGAAAUACCAAGGCCGAGGUGUCAAAGUUGAACGUGAUGCAUGUCUGUGACUUCAACUCUAAAUAAAAGUAUUACUCAGUACAAAUAGUGAAAAUGAGCAAGACAUCAGACUUCGAAAUCGCUCCGUUGCGGUCCCUGGACGACUUCCUCCUCGAAUCAGCACGUUUUCAAAUCCCCAACGUAAAUGACUUGGAAAAAUGGGGCAAACGCGUUUCCAGCAACCUACUGUAUUACCAGAGCAACUAUUUCUUAAUGUCGCUCAUAAUCUUUGUCAUAGUCGGUGUCAUCCACCCGACAAAGAUGGCCUGUGGCUUCCUCGUAACAGCAAUCAUAUUCAUGGUAUUUUCUUACAUCACCAACGAACGCUUCGCGGCUGCUCAAUUUAAGAAAAAACACCCCAUUAUAUCGCUAUUGCUCAUCCUGUCCGGGUGCUACUUCGUGGCGUACAUGCUGAAGUCGCUCCUGGUAUUCAUGUUCGGGAUUUUGCUCCCGAUCUCGGCGACGUUCAUCCACGCGUCGCUCAGGCUCAGAAACAUCAAGAACAAAAUUGUCAACCGGGUCGAAAAUUUGGGGCUGAAGAGAACCCCAAUGGGGAUUUUUCUUGAAGAACUGGGGCUGGACCAAGAAGGAUUCUAACUACCGCUGUAAAGGUUCUGAUUUUUUGCAUAAGCUUUUGCGCAAACUGAAAUUAUUCGUGAAUAAAAUUACCAAGAAAACUGAGAAGGCACCAAAGUGAUUAUCUUCGCUCCUUGCCCUAGUCUAUUUUUUUAAUCAUAUAUGCAUGCUUUAUAUUAACCAUAGAUACAUAUAGCAUUGUUAUUCAAAGUUUUGCUAGAAUUGGUGCGAUUUUGUGCUACAGCGUAUAUAUAUAUGCUGCUCCCCGUCCCCAUGUACACCCACAGGUUACCGUGAUAAAACUGAAUUAUUGUUACAUGGUUUGCUUUUUUUGUUCGUGAGCUAUACAAUUUGAAAAUUUUGAUGUCUCCCUCUCACUCUAUGCAUGCGUGCGCACACCCCUGGUCUCUAAAAAAAUCGCAUGAAGAUAAUUCUACCAAAAUUUUAAAUCUCUUCAACGAGAAACUUUAAGUAACAACUGUUCAAACCGCACUUGAAAAUCGUUGCUCUUGAAGUUUCCACAAGCACAGAAGAGUGCAUUAUAAAGUAUAACCUAAAUACGAAGUAUUAAACCUCGACUAUUAUUUUGUAUGUGUUUUAUACAAGUGUAUACUUGUUCAUAUAAUUUUGUGAUAUUUUCCCGUUUUGUGUAAAAUUGUUUUUAUUGCAAAUAAAAUGUAUAUACUUAGUA